AUGGCGAAGACUGCCGAGGAGUCCGGUGCAUCCUGCGACGAGGCAGAGGUGGUUUGGAGCUCUGCCACCGAGGUAGAGCGACGAAGCGACCGGCAGUUUCAGCGCUUGGUGCGGAGUCUGGAGAGUCGGCCGGUGAUGGAUGUGGCCGUGUCAAGGUCCGCUGAGGUGCAUGCUUUCCUUGCGCUGGUCUGCUGCAUGCUGUAUCUCUACUACUGCAGCCUGGCAUCACCGCACAGCGAAGAAACCAUGCAUCGGGCAUGGAUGGAUCAGCUUCGCCGUUCCCUGCCCCACUUGGUGGCGCUGUACCUCUGCGUGGGGAUGCUUGCGUUCCCUUCAGGUCCCUUUGUGCGACCCCACCCUGCCUUUUGGAGAGCCAUGUUUGGCCUCUCGCUGCUGUACCUCCUCACCUUGUGCUGCUUGCUCUUCCUCAGCGCGGAGGAGAUCCGGCAGCUGCUCCACCGGUUCGACCCGACGCUUGGGGUCAGCUCCAAGCUCCCAGACUACGCCACCCCGGAGAUGUGCGUGCUGAAUGCCGCCAAUCUCUGGGGGAAGAUGGACAUCUUCAUCCCCGCGCACGCCAUCGGCUGGAUGAUCAAGGGCCUGCUGGUGCGGGACCGCUUCCUCCUGUGGACCAUGUCCGUGGGCUGGGAGCUGCUGGAGAUCGCGCUCAUCUACGCGGUGCCCAACUUCAACGAGUGCUGGUGGGACCAGUGGAUCCUGGAUGUCCUGGUCUGCAACGCCGUGGGGAUCGAGCUGGGCAUGUACAUAUGCAGGUAUCUGCGGAUCAAAGAGUAUCGCUGGUCGGGCAUCAUGAGUCUCCCAACGCUGCGUAGCAAGAUUAUGAUGCUUUCCCAGUAUCAAGGCGCACUGCAGUGGGAGGACAGCUCCACCAUUGCCAGGUGCCUGCGGGCACAUGCCAUGCUUCUCGUUACCUCUCUGAUUGACUUGAACGGCUUCAUCCUGAAGCUUAACUUGUGGAUCCCGACGGAGCAUCCCGGCAACGUGUGGCGGCCCUUCUUCCUGAUUGCCCUCGCCUUCCCCGCCAUGCGCCAGUUCUACCUCUACAGCGUGGAUCGGGACCGGGCCGGCGCCGCGAGGCACCGCUUUGGCUCGCAGAUCACGGUCUUCAUCGCCAUCGCCUUGACGGAGGUGGCUUUGUGGCUCAAGACGCUGCCGCCGGAUCUUCCAAAGGCGCCCUUGCCCAACAAGGUGGCGUGUGGGGCUUUCCUCUUGGCCUACUGCCUCUUCCUCGGUGCCAUGAUGUUGCGGAUGGCUCCGGAGCCCCCGGAGCGCAAGGUGUCGGCCGAGUAUGACCUCUUCAACCAGGGCUCUGCGGUGAAGUACUUCGAGGACCUCUUCUACGAGCCCAGCCCUGGGCAGCUGAAGCCCUCGCUGAACGACUCGCAGCUGGAGGAGGUGGAGGCGCUGAGACACCAGGCAUAUGCGCACCCGGUGCUCGCGCUGGCGGGCGCACAGGUGCUCUACAUGUUCGCCUGGUUCAAGAGCACCGGGGAGAUCCUGCGCGAGAACAUCGUCUCCGCCGCGGAGCUCUUCGAGCGGAGCAUCUACGUCAGCGACUGCCGGCCCCAGAACGCCUACGAGGUCUGGCACGACAACGCUUGCGACAUCAGGUGGACGCACGCCAUCUUGCUGUACCACUGGCUUGCCCAGACGGAGCUGUCCCCACAGCAGCAGCUGUACCAGCAGAAGUCUCAGGAGCUGUUGGAGGGCAUCAGGUCGGUGAAGAAGUACGAGAGUGCCAGGCAAGUGUGGGCCAGCCCGGCCCACGUGAACUUCAACUCCAUCAUCUUCGCGGGAAGGCCCUCGAGGCCCAUUUGGGAUACCAAAGAGCUCCCGUUGGGCACCUGGCUGGAGGAGAACCACCCCAUCUUCAAGGCCGAGUUGGAGGCCAUCCUGAAUGAGCCCAACGACAUCUUCGGGCAGCUGAUGCAGCUGGACCCCUCCAGGGAGCACUUGGCCACCCCUGGGGGCUGGGACACGCUGCGGAUCGUGCGCUACCACCACUGGUACGACGUCUUUUGCCAAGUGGCACCCAGGACUUGCGAGCUGAUCAAGACGCGGCCCGAGAUCAACGACUGCAAGUUCAUGAACGUGAAUUACGUGCGGCUGAACCCGGGGACGCACCUGAAGCCCCACUAUGGCAACGGUCCUCGGCUCUCGGCCCACCUCUCUGUGCUGGCGCCGGAGCCCAUGAAAGCGGGCCUCACCGUAGCAGACCAGCGGCGUUUGUGGGUGGAGGGUGAGGCGAUCCUUUUCGACGACACCUAUCCGCACAUGGUGAGCCAUUGGGGUGAGAAGCCCCGUUAUGUGAUUUUGGUGUGGUUCUGCCACCCCUGCGACACCGGCAACGCUUACCGGGUGCCGGGACGGCCUUCCGCGGCGCUAGAUGCUGAUGACAUGGCGCUGCUGGGCAAGAAGGAGGCGCCGGAACGACCUGGAUGUGAAGCCGAAAGCGGCCGCGCCCGCCCCGGCGCCGGGCGCGCCAGGCGCGCCAGGCGCGCCGCCGCUCCGGGCGCGGGGCCGCCCGGCGAGGGCCGUCCGCCGGGCAAGCGCUGGCCUGCUGGCCUCGCGCAGCGCUUGGCGCGGGCAGCGGCGGGGACGUUGGGCGGGGAGGGGAGGCCCCCUGCUGAGCCGCUGGGGCGGUGCCAGCUGGUGGGCUUCUGGGGCAGCGGGGAGGAGAUCACCCAGGACAUGCGCUGGGAUGGGACGCAGUACUCCUGCAUUCUGGAGAUCCCUUGUAACGAGGACGCGCUAUUUCAGGUGCAGACGGAGACCGGGCGCUUGUACCCCAGCCUGGAGGGCGCCAACCCUUCGCUGCGGCAUGAGCUACUGGGGCCCGACUUGGCGCACCAGGACCGCGCCUGGUUCCUGGGCUCCGCCUCCGGCGCGGUGUUGGGCGCGGUUUUGGGCGCGGUGCGGCGCGCGGAGGUCUUCGUGGCCUGCCCCAAGGGCUGCGCGGUGGCCCUGGGCUGGCGGCGCCUCGACUCGAUUCAGGGGCAGAAGGCUGAAGAAGAUGACUUUCAGGCGCUGGGGGCUUGGCGUAUCUCGGGGCACCUGGGCCGGGGGAAGCAGGGCGCCACGGUGUACACCUGCCGCUGGCCGGGCUGCGGCCUGGGCGGGGUGGCGGCACUGAAGUUCCCCCUGGAGGCGGAGGAGCUGGAGCUCUACGCGCGGCUGGUGGAGGUGCCGGGGCUGCCGGAUCUGCUGGACUUCGGGCGGGUGCACUUCGAGGGAGUGCGAGGCGUCUAUAUGGCAAUGUCCAAAACGGAGCCUUGCCUGGACACUUUGCUCAGAGGCCAGCUGCACAUCCAGGACUCCUCUCAGCGGGUGCUGGGGCGCUUGUCCUGGCCCGUGGCGGCCGGGCUGGGCCGCCAGCUGCUGCAGACCUUGCGCCAGAUCCACGGGAAGCAGAUCCUGCACUGCGACCUGAAGCCGGGGAACGUGCUGCUGAAGCAGGAGGCGCCUUGGGCCCAGCUCAUCGACUUCGGGCGCGCGGGGUACAUGGGCCGCACCAGCUUCGAGCGGGGCCACGGGGGCAUGCGGGACUUCAUGUCCAUCAAGGCGGGCCUCGAGGGGGGUCCCCGCACCGCCGCGGACGACGUGGAGUCCCUGGGCUGGCUGCUGUUGCGGUGCCUGCUGGGGGGCUUCCCCUGGAGCGCCAAGGUGAAGGCGAACCCCAACGAGAGCUGGGAAGAAGGGGGCCAGCGUGUGGCACGAGACAAGAUCCGAUUUCUCGAAGAGGGGACGAGGGUGGUGCCUCCGGAGUACCGCUUCUGCCCUGCGCCGCUCCUGGCGUUCCUGCGCCGCGCCCGGAAGGCCUCUGGCAAUAACCUCGCAGACGCGGAGUAUGAGGUGCUCGCAGGCCUGUUGAGCGACGAGGAUUCGACCAAAAAGUGGGAGACCUUUGUGACCAGCUACUACGAGGCCCGCGAUGCCGGCAUCCUCCCGAAGGGCAUGUGGCCCUACGCAGGAGUGGCCAACCUGCACUGGCUGUUUGUGGCUGAUGGUGCGGGGUUGGAGCCCAAGCGCUUGCGCGUGCAGCCCGGGCUUUUGCUGCGGCUCACUGGCCAGACUGUGGAAAAGGAUGAGUGUGUCUGGAUGGAGUUCGACCCCGUGUGGGUGCCCGGCCUGGCCAGCGAGCUGCUGCGGCCUGGCUGGGUGCUGGCGGUCGGGCCGCCGCCGGGAGGAGGGCGCUCCGAAUCCUGGCUGGAAUGGCGCUUGGAGUUCCCGGUCGUGGAGAACGUGAAGGGGGUUUUGACCAGCGCAGACUGAAGAAAGCCGUGCCAAAGCUGGCGGCCUUCCUUUUGCUGAGCUGAGGCCCCAUUGAAGCCC